AUGAUCUUCAUCGCCCAACGUUCCUUCCUUAUCGUAGCUGUUGCUACUAUUCUGUCUUUUCUUUAUAUGCCAGUUGUGUCUGCCCAUCUUCAGAGGCGCCACGCGUCGAGACGGGACACAUCCUGGUCUGAUGCAUAUACCUUUCUGUCCGCUCAUAAUGCCAUCCGCAUCCAGCAUGGAGCUAAUUUGCUGACAUGGUCUUACACCCUUGCCGAUGCAGCCCAAUCGUGGGUUAAUCAGUGCGAAUUCAGAGCAACCGAUGGCCAGCUGUUCGACACUUCGUACGGCGAAAUCAUAGUUGCGGGUUCAGGGGACGUUUCCAUUGAAACUGCCAUCAAUUCGUUCGUAGCUGAUGAAGCGGACUACACCGAUGGUUCUGAUGUCCUGAACCAUUUUACCCAAGUUGUGUGGAAGUCUACUACGGAGCUAGGAUGCGCACGAAACACGGCCUGUAAUGGCAUUUUUGACAAUGGGGGUUCACAGACGCUCGUGGUCUGUUUGUACGACCCAGCGGGCAACGUGAUCGGCGAGGCCACGGACAAUGUCCAAGUCUGAUUCUUAUGACCCCACCUGGCUGUGAGGCACCGACCAAUGCUCCAUAGCCGUUUCUUCUUCUUGUCAGACCGCGCUAGAUGCCAGCCUGUUUUCACGGUCCUGGUUGUCCGUGACUUGUUCAUGCGUAUAUCUUGCUAUUUCUUGCCAACCCUCCUUCAUUUGCUUUGCUUUGUCUUAUUGUCACUGCUAAGCUUACCUAGCGUAUACCUAGUGUUCAAUGCCUUGUACUUGUUGACCUUUUGCGAGAUUUCUCGUCGAGACCAGGUACGUCCGUUGCUUCCUUGAGAUCUUGUUGAAAUCCGUUUGC